CUAAGCUUGAUUGAGAUGACACUCAGAAAAGAGAGGUCAGCAUGGGAAAGGUCAAUGUUAUGGUGUACGUUGUUGUUGUGGGUUUCCUAGGUUUGGUUGCUACUGCUCUUGCUUUUGCUGCUGAGGCUACAAAGAUUAAGGCAUCGGACAUUAAUCUAACAAAGUUCGGUAACUGCGAAUACCCAAGAACACCAGCUAACAUACUUGGAUAUGCAGCAGCAUUGCUCACACUUAUCGUCCAGAUAACUAUCUGUGGUAUAGCUCGUUGUCCUUGUUACCAGAGAAAUGACUCCAACGCUCAAUCAUUCCAACUCGGAGCAAUCAAUUGUUAUAUUUUAUCCUGUGUUGGUUCUAUCAUAGGGAUUAGUCUCCUAUUAUCAGCUGCUAAUCUCAGCACUCGUCAAGAAUUUCUCCCUUCAACAGGACUUUGCUACACCGUAAGACCUGGUAUAUUUGCUGCUGGUGGUGUUAUGGCACUUCUUGCCUGUAUCUUAGGCCUAUGCUCCUCCUAUUACUUCUCGGUCAUUCGCCAUUCGGCAACAAGAACUGUUCCAUAUCAAGAUGACAUUGCCAUGGCAAAUUCUCAGUUUGAUGCUGCCUCUACAUACUCAAAACCCAAGCAACAACAAUAUGUUUGAGUUAAUAGUACUCUACCUACUUUCUUUGUGGAUCGAGUUUGAGAUGAAUUAAUAGGGAUUUCGCCGAGAAUUUGGAUUUUUUUUAAAUUGUAAAGUGCAUUGAAUUGAAUUGUGUAAAUUAACUCAUGUGUACGUACGUCUAAUUCAAUUGCUAAUUUGUUCGUGCAUGUUGAACAUGUCUCACAUGAUGAAUCGAUGAUC